UUCUGUUUCUACGUAACCGAGCUCAACUCUAACUCACAUCAGAUUCAAUACUUCCUCACUCUUAACCCAAACUGACUCCCCGUGCACUGCUUCUAUUCGGAGCGCUCAACUGGAAAGGAUUCCACCUACAUUUGGUUAGAAUUUUGAAUGGUGACAUUUUCUCUUCCUCGAUAAUGUUGGGUACAGUAAAAAUGGAAGGACAUGAAACACCGGACUGGAGCAGCUACUACAGUGAAGCCCAAGAGGUAUAUCCAUCAGUGCCAAACAGCAGCAUGAAUUCAGGGCUUGGCUCCAUGAACUCAAUGAACACCUACAUGAGUAUGAACAGCAUGCCCACCAGUGGCAACAUGACAGCCAGCUCCUUCAACAUGUCCUACGCCAACACUGGACUUGGGGCCGGACUGAGCCCUGGAACCAUGUCAGGGAUUCCUAGUGCCACCAGCGCUAUGAAUGGGAUGGCAACCGGGAUGUCAGCAAUGGGCACAGCACUUAGUCCAGCGAACAUGAACGUUAUGUCAGCGCAACAAGCUUCCAUGAACGCAUUAACCCCAUAUUCCAGCAUGAGCCCCGCUAUGAGCCCCAUGGCGUAUGGCCAGCCAAACAUGAACAGGACAAGGGAAACCAAGACCUUCAGAAGAAGUUAUCCUCAUGCCAAACCUCCAUAUUCCUACAUAUCCUUAAUCACAAUGGCUAUCCAACAGUCUCCAAGCAAGAUGCUCACGCUAAGUGAAAUCUAUCAGUGGAUCAUGGACCUUUUCCCAUAUUAUAGACAAAACCAGCAAAGGUGGCAGAACUCUAUUCGGCAUUCGCUUUCAUUCAAUGACUGUUUUGUCAAAGUGGCCAGAUCACCAGAUAAACCCGGCAAAGGGUCCUAUUGGGCACUGCACCCGGACUCGGGAAACAUGUUUGAAAACGGCUGUUACCUUCGCAGACAGAAACGUUUUAAGUGUGAUAGAAGGUUAUCCAAAUCGUCACAGGAUGGGAGAAAAGACCAGUCGAGCAGUUCUGGUUCGCUCCCUCACGAAAGCAACAACAGCAAAUCUGGCCAAAUGGAAUCGAGUUCUAUCUCUAGUUCAAACCAGCCCUCCAGCCCUCAGACCAUGGAUCACACCAGCGGGAGGACGCGCACUGAGCUAAACACAAGCGCGGCAGCGGUACAUACCGCUGUCAGCUCUGCUACGGCCCUGGCAUCAGUCUCUCUGCCCCCUCACUCCCUCUCUCACGAGUCCCAACUCCAUCUUAAAGGCGAUCCCCAUUAUUCUUUCAAUCACCCCUUUUCCAUUAAUAACCUAAUAUCAUCUCCAGAGCAGCAGCACAAGCUCGACUUGAAAGCUUACGAUCAGGCUUUGCAAUAUUCAUCCUAUGGGUCUGGCAUCUCUGCCAGUCUGCCUCUUGGAAGUGCCUCCAUGGUCGGCAGAAGCAACAUGGACCCAUCGGCACUGGAUCCCUCUUACUAUCAAGGUGUGUAUUCCAGACCUGUUCUGAACACUUCCUAGUCUCCUUCUACUAGAAUACGGUACCGGAGAUUCGAAGAAAAACAAACAAACAAACAAACAAACAAAAAAACUCCUAUUUUAUUUUUGCACGCAUUGAGUGCAAAUGGACUGUUACUUUAUUAGUGUAUAAAAUAUUUGUGUAUGUAUAAAUCAAUGUAUGCUGUAAAGUUUUGCCAUGAGAAUGAUUGUGUAAUAUCCGUUUAAAACAGUCAGAUUUUCUGCAGGACGUAUUUAAACCUUUGCGUUUGUAAAUUACGUUGUGGUCCCUCCCCCUUCCCCUGUAUAAUGAUAAACAAAGAUCCAAAUUGUUUAUAAAUAUGUUGCAAUUUUUUGCAAAAAGAAGAAAACAGUUAUUAAAAAACAAACAAACAAACAAACAAAAAAAAACCAUUCACCCGAAGGUCUCUGGGUUGGUUGUUAGGGUAACGCAUCUACUCACUUAAGCUUUCAGAAGUUCCUGCUUAUGAGAUGUUGUCAUGUUUAUAUUAUUUAGUACUGUUUUGCUUUGUAACAAUAUCUGUCUUUAACAUUUUUUUUCCCAAACAAGGCUGUAUUAUAGUAAGUAAAUGUAUUAACUGCAUUUCAUCGGCCACGGUUGAAUUGGUUAAUUUGAAAUAAAAUAUGAAUUUCUUUAUUAAACAAACCUCUAGGCUUUGUUGUGACCUUUUUAAAAGUCAGUGUUUCUUUUUUUUCCCCACGAAAUAGUAUUAUUCCCUUUUUUUCAACGCUGUACCCACGACAUUGCAAGUUAACCUACAGAUGUUGUUCUUUUUAACCUAGUUUUACCCACAAUGUCCCUAAUUUGUAGCAUACUUCUUUUUACUGCAUUUCUUUCUGGAAUUGUGGCGAUACUGGAAAUGGGAAAUUGAUUUGAAGAAAACGAUUUCAUGAAAACAUUUCAAUUGCAUCACAGAGAAACAAUAAUUAAAUGAAUCCAAAGAGACUGUUUCUUGGCGACCACCGUACUGUGUGGUCGAAUGAGCAUAUCAAUAAGCAAAACCAAAUCUUUGAGAACUAACAAUCUAACACACGCUGUAUAAUAUAUUAUAAUGGCUUUAGACUCCAUAUUUACGCAC